UCAGCCUUGUCCUCGGGGAAGCUGUGGGGCUUCAGCAGACAAAUUUACAAUCCACCCCGGGUACAAUCGUGUCCAUCGCACUUGGGGCGCUCGUGACGUCACCGCCUUAUUUCCCGUUGCCCAAAUUUCAGUCAUUUUGGAACGACCUUUGGACAAAUCAAACAUUUUUCACUGAUUAUGCAAGAAGAAUUCCUUGGCUGGUAGGAUUGUUUCAGCAGGUGACUCAGUGUGACUUCACACAGUCUGGCUGCUGGGAUAGGAGAAGGCAGGAUGUCAACAGCGUGAAGAAGACUGUGAGUCUGUACACGGGGUAUCACUUGAAAGCAGCGGCAGUCCUGGCAGCUUUCUUGAAGCAACAGCACACGGAAAGGUGUUCGGAUUCAAAUAUUUCAUUGUGCACAGGUUUGAUUGAGUUGAUAUCAGAUAGCAGCGGCCUCCUGACAACAUUCCGUAAAUCACCCAUUUCCCUUAGCGAGUUUAGGACAGAGCUUGCAGAAUUUGGCAACAUGACAUCAGUGUCAUUUGAUGAAAACAGAGACAUCGUAUUAACGGGUGGAGAAUCCAACUACACAGUCUACAAUGUUCAAGAAAAUAACGGCAAAGACUAUGUAUUCAAACAGGUUGCGACAUACGCAGACAGCAAACUUACGAUCCAAGAGUCUGAUGUAGUCUUUUACAGAGAAAACGGAAGUUCUUUGUCCUGGUCACAAAGAAUGCCUGCUCAGUGUGACUGCAACACAGGGGAUUUUUAUAUUGUCGGAAUUCUGUCAAUACAUGAGAAAAAUCCCUUGUCAUCUCUUACAUGCGGCAAGAUUAAAACACUUGCAGGCGCGGAUUUAGCAGAGUCCGUGGCGUUUGCAGUGAAAGAAAUAAACAAAAAAGAAGGAAUGUUUGCAGACAUCUUGCCAGGUCAUAAGAUUGGACUGCUACUUAUCAACUCCUGCAGCAGUCCUCUCGUGGUCCGCCAGAGACUUCUGGACUUGCACACUGGACGUCUGCCCCUGCCUGACCCUAGCCACCUCAACAGCAGCAUCUUGCUGUCAAACAUUAUGGGAUACGUGGGUGCCUAUUUUAGUGGCGAUAGCAUUGCGGCGGCAGAAAUAUUGACAGGCAUUGGCAGACCUUUUGUACAGGUGAGUGCUUCUUCCACUUCUUCUGACCUCAAGGACAGAGUAAAAUAUCCCUACUUUAUGCGUCUGGUUCCAGCGGACGACGUGCAAGUACAGAUCCUGCUGGACGUGGCAGUCAAGCUGAACUCCACUUACAUCCAGGUCAUGUAUGACAAGAUGGCGGACUACGCCCAAGGACUCGUGCGAAAGCUUGAAGAAGCGUUGACACAGAACUACACCAACAUCUGCAUCGCUCAGAAAAUCGCCGUUACUAGUCGCAGUGAUGUCAGCGAAUACAAAUGGAUCAAGGAUGAGCUCCGCAAGAAGAGUGCCGCCAAGCUGGUCAUCGUCGUGCUCUAUGACGUAGACAUUGAGAAGGUCAUGGACGCCAUUUUACCUGACCUCACGUCCAAUGACAAUUUCCUCUUCCUCGCAAGCGAUUCGUGGGGCAAACACCAGGAGCUAAUCCAAGGCAAGACCAAGUUGGAAGGGUCGCUGGUCCUUUCACAAGACGUUUUAUACAACUCGUCCUUUCACACCUAUUUCACGUCUGUGGAUCCCACAAAAACAGAGAAUGUUUGGCUCAGAUACUUUUGGGAGGCCAGGAAAAACUGUUAUUUUGACAAAAGUUUUGAAAGGAAAGGCAAGACAGGACUCUGUCCAGAAAAUAUAGCUUCCGAUUAUGUCGACGAUCCUCUAGCUUCACUUCACAUACAAGCUGUGAAUGCCCUUGUACUAGGCUUCAACCAAACCUUGAAUAAACUGUGCGGAUCAGCUGCCAGGCAGUUGUGCAGUGCUUUUACUUCGGAGGAGCUUGUCAAGACGAUGAAGAACAUCCGUCUAGACAUGUACAAUAGAGGAGAACUUACACAGGUGUUUGAUGACAACGGAGACGGGAUUGUGGGCUUUAAGAUUCUACAGGUGACACGAGACAGAACGUCUCCAGUAGAUGCUGUGAUAUACACUGAGGUUGGAUCAUGGACAAACCAAAAGCUAACAUUAGACGAAAGCAAGCUAACGCCACCUGGUGGUGAACAGUUUUCAGCGGUCUGCCCGAACCCAGCUGAGUGUAGCGCGUGUUUCAAACAAGCUAAACAAACAACAACCAUAUCUAAUGGCGACAGUGACGACAACAUCACCGUACCGGUAGUCGUGGGAGUCAGUCUUCCACUUGCCGCUGCUGUCAUCGUUCUUAUUGUUUUUGUCGUUCACUUCUGGCGUCGCUUGAAGGUAAAAGGUAGGAGGGGAACAACUAUCAGGUUCGUGCCAGGUGCUAGACGCAGUGGUGACAGCACUUGCACCUGUCCAACUCCUUCGGGUCCUGUCAGGAAUCAAACGAGGCCGAACCCUGUGAACACUAUGCUUCUCUGGGAAACUCUGCUCAGCUGUGUUCUGGUGAUCCUAUUCUUGUUCCUGAAGACAAAGCUUCAGUUCAUUCUGAGACGAGUCUCCCACCCCCUCUAUGUAACGGUACUGUACAGGAAGAAUGGGGUGGAUACAUUACGCCAGUGUACUAGAGUUUAUAACAGUUAAAUAUAGAAUUUCACAAUUUAUACAUUUUGUUAUUUAUCUUAUCAUUUACUAAGAUGCUUUGCUAAUCUUUUUUAAAAUAUUUGACGACAUAAUCUUAAUUAAAACCACAAAAUUCCUUAUUCAUGUUAAAUUUAUUUCUAGUUUUUAAAUUCUUUUUGAUAGUAAAAAGGUUCUUUGUGAUAAUCUAAAGGUACUUAAUGAUGUCAAAUGUAUGACAAAACUGUUAUUGAAAUUCCUUACCGUAUCGACCACAAGCUAUUUAGCAGACAUUUGAAACACGAACACCUCUAAAUAAUAAAAUAUUUGCUUUCAAAUUUUAUUUAUUUGUUACUUAAUUUAAUUUUAGUUUAGUUUUGCAAUCAACUACUGCCUGUAACACAGAUAAUCCUGAAGAUUUUAAAAGGAGAAUAAAGUAGAAUACAAUGUAUAACCCUAAUGUGUCAAACUUUAAUAUGAUUAAAACUUGCUACUGUUUAAAGUACAUCUAGUUACAAUGUGAAGUAAUUUAUAUUAAUUCCUGUAACCGCGAGUAAAAUAUUUUUCAUUUGAUAAAGUAACUUAAUGUCUUUAUGUAUAUGCAAAAGUGCCAGUUGUGCCAUUAAGUCUGUGACAGGAAGUUGAACAUUACAAGAGUAAAGAUGUUUU